AUCAUUUACACAAGGCUUACACAAUCAUUGAGCAAGAGGGGAUGCUGCCCCUCUUGCUCAUCUGUUUUGAUGUAGAUCACCUGGUUGUUCAGUAGUUACAUGUAAGUUGUGGUCCUGCUCCUUGCACCUUUUUAUACCUCCGCUCUGUCUUCAGCAGGACAGCUGUGAGACAAACAUGUUGGUCUGGACGGUGUGUGCAGCCUUGAUUGUAUGUGGCGUUUUACUCCGCCAUCCUUAUCUCUUCCAGGAUGUCCAGUACGUGCUUGCGAAAAUAAAAAGAAGGCGCUUUGUAUUAAAGUGCAUGCAGACUAAUUACUCAAUCCUGGACCGCUUUUUAGACUUGGUGAAGACGCAGCCGCAAAAGACUUUAAUUUAUUUUAAAGAUGAAAUGUUCACGUACCGGGAAGCAGAUGUCCUGAGCAACAGAGCUGCGAGAGCGUUUCUGCAGGCUGGAUGCGUAAAGGAAGGAGACGCGGUGGCGCUGUUCCUGGGGAACCAGCCGAUGUUCCUGUGGCUCUGGUUGGGUUUGCUGAAGAUUGGAUGUCCCGGAGCUUUGCUCAACUCCAACAUCAGAUCCAAGUCUCUGCUACACUGCCUCAACUGCAGUGGAGCCACAACUCUGGUAGCAUCUGAAGAGUUGUUGGAUGCAGUGAAGGAGGUGCUGCCCCAUCUGCAUGAACAGCAGAUCACUGUUUUCAUCUUAGCUGACAGGUGUGAAACUGCAGGUGUGGAAAGCUUCAUUGAUAAAAUGAAUCAGGCUUCCUCUGAGCCUAUAUCCAAGGAGUUAAGGUCCCAUUUAACUAUGCAGAGUCCAGCAGCCUACAUAUACACGUCAGGGACAACAGGUCUCCCUAAGGCAGCUGUGGUCACUUACAGCAAAGUGUGGAACUUUUCUUUACUUCUGGCUACAACAGGAGUGAACUCCAAAGAUGUGAUUUAUGAUACCCUCCCGCUUUAUCACAGUACUGGCCUCCUUGUCUUCACUGGAGCUGUUGAAAGAGGUAUUCCUGUUGUUCUGAGGAGUAAGUUUUCUGCUUCCCAGUUCUGGGACGACUGCAGAAAAUAUAAUGUCACCGUCAUACAGUACAUAGGUGAAAUUAUGCGUUAUCUCUGCAACACUCCACAGAAACUCAGUGAUAAAAACCACAAAGUCAGACUUGCAGUAGGCAACGGGAUCAGAGCAGAUGUUUGGAGGGACUUUGUGAGACGAUUUGGGGAAAUUCAAAUCAGAGAAUUUUAUGGAGCAACUGAGGGAAACUUUGCUCUGUUGAAUUAUAGCAGCAAGAUGGGAGCUCUUGGGCGACACACCUUCCUGCACAAGAUGUUUUUUCCAUAUGCUGUGAUCAAAUAUGAUGCAGACAAAGGAGAGCCUUUGAGGGAUUCUUCUGGUUUCUGCAUGGAGGUUGAGAAAGGUGAACCUGGACUUCUGGUGACUAAAAUAACAGCCAAAGCUCCAUUCACUGGUUAUGUGACAGACUUGAAUCAAACUGAGAAAAAGAAGCUGCACAACGUCUUCAAGAAAGGUGAUCUGUACUUCAACACUGGCGACCUGCUGCGCAUCGAUGAGGAUAAUUUCAUGUACUUCCACGAUCGUGUUGGCGACACAUUCAGAUGGAAAGGGGAGAACGUAGCUACAGCUGAGGUGGCCGACAUCCUUGUGCUGACUGACUGUGUUAAAGAAGCCAAUGUUUACGGAGUCAAAGUGCCAGGUGAACCUGGACUUCUGGUGACUGAAAUAACAGCCAAAGCUCCAUUCACUGGUUAUGUGAGAGACAUGAAGCAAACUGAGAAAAAGAAGCUGCACAACGUCUUCAAGAAAGGUGAUCUGUACUUCAACACUGGCGACCUGCUGCGCAUCGAUGAGGAUAAUUUCAUGUACUUCCACGAUCGUGUUGACGACACAUUCAGGAGAGAACAUAGCUACAGCUGAGGUGGCCGACAUCCUUGUGCUGACUGACUGCGUUA